UUAUUUGUGGAAUACAGCACAGACAGACGGACAGGGUGCUAUCUGAGUCGAUUCCAAGGCACGUGUCUAAUUCUCGGGAACUUAUUCAUUUUGUGUACUGCAGUUGCGUUAGUGGCUUUUGUGAAAAAGGAGCGAAUUAUAUACGGGUCAAUGUCUGAACCCAUAUGUAGCUGUGAUAGCCCCAAACCUUACACUAAUGUCACGUUAGACUACUCCUACGUUAGGAAUCAAACUUCUGUAACAAUACUAAGUGAAAAUCUAGCGGAAGUUGAGAAUUCUACAGUUUCAGAAAAUAGCAGUGUUAAUAAAGAGGAAGAAUCAAAAGAGGUCCCGGAAGAGAAAGUCAUUCCGAAAGAGACACCUUGGCGGGAAAUUCGCCUUUCGAGGGACCUCAUGCCUUUACUUUACGAAAUUAAUCUUAAAGUGGACUUAGAAAAUUUAACUUAUCGUGGUCAUGUCAAUAUGACCUUAAAAUGUACUAAAAAUACUAAUUUUGUUAUAUUCCACAUUUCUCAUAUAUUUCUGUACAGGACGUCUGUGAAAAUUAUAGACAAAAACACUCAUAAAACAUUUGAAAUAUUAAAACAGUUUCGUUAUGUCAAAAAUCAGUUUUGGGUGAUUGAGCUAACUUCGGAACUCUCGGCAGGGACCGUGUAUUUAGUGAGUGUGGGGUAUCGCGGGAAUUUACACGAAGACUUAAGGGGGAUUUACCUCAGUACCUACGUCACACCCGAGGGGGAGACCAGACGCUUGGCAGCAACACAGCUUCAGUCUACUGAUGCCCGGAAGACGUUUCCCUGUAUGGACGAGCCAGAUAUGAAAGCGAGGUUCCAGUUAACACUGACACAUCAGGAAGAAUACGAAGCUAUCAGCAAUACCCCCCGGAUGUCAGAAACGCUGGAGAACGGAUGGAAGACGGCGGAGUUUGAGACCACGCCUGUGAUGUCCACCUAUCUGUUGGCUAUAGUCAUCUCCGACUUCGCUCACAGAGAAGUCAUCCUCGAUAACAAAUAUGAUAUCCGUGUCUGGUCUCAGCCUAACACGAUUAACCAGACAGACUACGCCAUCAGUAUGGUGGUCCAGUGUUACCGGUUCUUCACCGAGUACUUCAACAUCACCGAUGUCCUGAACAAAUCAGAUCACGUGGCAGUACCGGAUUUCAGCGGUGGCGCCAUGGAGAACUGGGGUCUCGUGCUUUAUCGCGAGACUGCGCUACUUUACGAACAAGGCGUGUCAUCCAGCGAGAACAAGUUAAUGGUCACCUUGAUCAUAGCGCACGAAAUUGCACACACAUGGUUUGGUAAUAUGGUAACAAUGAAAUGGUGGGACGACCUUUGGUUAAAUGAAGGAUUCGCCAGUCUCCUCAUGUACUUCGCCAUGGAUGCCAUCUACCCGGACUGGAACGUGUUCACGCUGUCCGUUGUCGCAAAAGAAGUGUUUCCGGUGAUGGUAAAAGACGCAAUGACGACGUCACAUCCGGUGUCAACUCCUAUAGCCACUCCUGAUGACAUUGCUGAAUCAUUCGAUUCCAUUUCUUACAGCAAGGGCAUGGCUAUUUUAAGGAUGCUUAUGGGUUUUGUCGGAUGGGAAGAUUUCCAGAAAGGCCUUAGGCUCUACGUCAACAAAUUUAAGUUCCGGAAUGCGAAGAUGGACGAACUUUGGGACACGUUUUCUGAGGCAGUUGACUAUAGAUAUGACAUUAAGUCCACCAUGAACACGUGGACCCGUCAGAUGGGUUUUCCCGUGAUCACGAUGCAGACGGACGGGGACAGCUAUAACCUGACUCAGGAGAGAUUUCUAUACCUGGACAACAUGGGCGACAGCAACACAUCGCAGUCAAAUCAGGAGGAUUACAAGUGGGUUGUACCGUUUACAUACAUCACUGAGGAUGAACCGGAAGUUCAGCUGGUCUGGAUGAACAAUACGUCAGCUACAAUUCCUCGUUCUACCAACUCUUGGAUCCUCGCUAAUUAUGAGUACAUGGGAUUUUACCGUGUUAAUUAUGAAGAUAACAUGUGGGGAAAACUAGCAGAUCAACUCAACAGAAACCACACCAUUUUCCCGGAGGCAAACAGAGCCGGUUUAAUUGGAGAUUCAUUCAACUUGGCCAGGGCAAAAUUACUGAACUAUGACGUUGCAUUAAAGAUGACGACAUACUUAAAGAAUGAGAGGGGUUACGCCCCUUGGGUAGCGUUUUUGGAUUCUGUGGAAUACAUCAAGAGCUCGAUAUCAAAGUCUGGGGCAUAUGUCCUCCUACAAAAAUAUCUUCUUGACCUCGUGGCGCCAGUGUACGACUCUAUAGAGAUGUCAAUGGAAGGGAUUCUACCAGACAGAUUCUUACGACAAACUAUUCUGAAGCUGGCUUGUGAUGUCGGAUACAAGAAGGCAGUAGCUUACGCCAGGAAAAUGUUUUACCUCUGGAAAGACGAAGGGAUCACCCUGCCCAGUGACUACUCCUCAGUGAUCUAUAUGGUGGGGGUGAGGGAGGGAGGGGUGGAGGAUUGGGACUACGUCUGGAACAAGUCACAGUCCACUAACGUGGCAGUAGAGAGGGAGAUGUUGAUGGAGGCGCUAGGACAGUCACAGAAACCUUGGCUACUCUGGAGGUAUGCCAACUGGAUCUUUGAUUCUUCGAGGAUAAGAAUGCAGGACGUGCGCCUCGUUAUAAGUUAUCUGUCAAAGCGCCCUCUAGGAAGGAUGAUCACUCUUCACUUACUUAUGACAAAGUGGGACAGAUUGAAUGACCAAUUUGGAUUUGACAAUUUUCUACUUAGAGAGACAAUUGCUGAAGUAACUCAGUUUGUUAACUCUGAGUUUGAAUAUAAUCAGUUGGCAACCUUAUUUAAGGAUAAACCUCCUAAGGUUGCAAAAAAACAAACCCAGGCUUCCUUAGCUGUUAUUAGGGCGAACAUAAACUGGAUGAAUGAAAACUAUGACGUCAUCACUGAAUGGUUACGUAAUCAUGUGGUUGGAAUGUUAUGAUAGCUUUUAAUAUAGUUGAUUUAUUGUGUUUACUAAUAAACACUCUCAAUGUAUCUGUGGUAAAACCGCAAGAAGGCCAAAUUAUAUUAAGAAUAUUAAUCAAUGGUAAACGUGACAUCAUAUUUCAAUAAACUUUUUUAAUUUUAUCAUUUGUGCUAAUGUGUAUGUAAAUACCAAAUUAAAAUUUUGAGUCGGUAAAUUAGCUAAAUAAAAAGCAUUAACCUUUAUUAAAAUGAAGUGACGUGUAUAAAAUCUCUCGAUUUGGUUAAAUUGACAUAUUGCAUAAUGCCAUGUAACUUUUAACUACAUAUUAGACAUGAUAUUGUACGUAAGAUAAGAAUUUCGUUUGUGAAUAUUUUUUAAAGGAUGUUGUUAUCAUAUUUGU